AUGGCAAGCACUCUGCCUAGUGUGGCUAUCCCAGGUCAAUGUUUGGGGCCAACUGCCACAUUUGCGCCUGGGCCUGGUACCCACGUCCAGAGCACCAAUAUUUAUGCCUCGAUUGCUGGUCCAGUUUUUGUUGACCCAGCACAACCCAGCACAAAAGGAAAGUCGACCAUUACCGUCUCAAGGACUGCUAGAACACAGCAUACAUCUGCACCCACGCAGUCCAAACCCAACCCAAAAUAUAACACCCUCCCUGCCGUCGACUCCAUUGUUCUGGCCCGCGUUACCCGCGUCCAAAAGCGCCAGGCGACAGUCUCCAUCCUCGUCGUCCUCGACGAAUCCACUAGCCCUCAAACCCUAAACCCCAACCCAAGGCCCUCCCAGAGUACCUCGGACAAUGACAACAUCGCUGCGAUCCUCUCCUCCGCUGCAAACCCAGAGAACCACAGUAGUUCGGACGAACUGCGGUUCCAGGCACUGAUCCGCAAGGAAGACGUGCGGGCUGUGGAAAAGGACCGCGUCGUAAUGGAUGAGAUGUUUCGGGUUGGAGAUAUUGUGCGUGGCAGUGUGAUCUCUCUUGGCGAUCAGAGCUUCUAUUAUCUUACCACAGCGAGGAAUGAUCUGGGGGUUGUGAUGGCGAGGAGUGAGGCGGGGAAUAUGAUGUUUCCGGUUUCUUGGAAGGAAAUGCGCGAUCCGGUCACUGGAGUGGCGGAGCAGAGGAAGGUGGCUAGGCCGUUCUGA